CCACCGCCGUUAUCCCCAUCCUUGCUGCCGGCGCUGCCUGGAUGCGGCGUUAAACCGGAGACCCUCACCCAGCGCUGCAGGUCCUUGGCACAAGCUGAUGCUUCAGGAUGGACCCGCUCUUCCCUGCCCACAUUUUGGAAGACCCUGACCUGAGAAAGCUGCUGAAUGACUCCUCUAUGCUGAACCUCAGCUUUCUGCCCAGUAACUGGUUCAACAACGGCACGGGGGACAGCUUCCUGCCACUGAGCAUCAAGAUCACCAUUGUGGUUGUCUACUCCAUUGUGUGCAUCGUGGGGCUGGUGGGCAACUGCUCCGUCAUGUAUGUGAUCAUCAGAUUCACCAAGAUGAAGACAGCAACCAACAUUUACAUCUUUAACCUUGCUCUGGCAGAUACCUUGUGUCUGAUGACCUUACCCUUCCAGGGUACGGACACAUUCCUGGGCUUCUGGCCCUUUGGCAAUGUCCUCUGCAAGAUUGCCAUCUCUAUAGACUACUACAACAUGUUCACAAGCACCUUCACGCUAACGAUGAUGAGCGUGGACCGCUACAUUGCCAUCUGCCACCCUAUCAAAGCACUGGACAUCCGCACUCCCCACAAGGCCAAAGUGGUCAAUGUCUGCAUCUGGGCACUGGCUUCCGUCUUUGGCAUCCCAGCCAUGGUGAUGGGAUCUGCAGAGAAUGAAAACAAUGAAAUCGAUUGUCUGAUUAAGCUCCCUUCACCCGUGGAUUACUGGGAUCCAGUGUUUGGCAUCUGUGUCUUUCUCUUCUCCUUUAUGAUCCCCGUGUUGAUCAUCACCAUUUGCUACAGUCUCAUGAUCAGACGACUCAAGAACGUCCGUGUCCUUUCAGGCUCCAAGGAGAAGGACCGCAACCUGAGGCGCAUCACCCGCAUGGUCCUGGUGGUGGUGGCGGUCUUCAUCAUUUGCUGGACUCCCAUCCAGAUCUUUGUGCUGGUCCAAUGCUUGGGUGCCAAAGCAGAAAGCGAGCUUGAGCUGGCCAUCUCCUGCUUCUGCACUGCACUAGGGUAUGCCAACAGCAGCCUGAACCCCGUGCUCUAUGCCUUUCUAGAUGAGAACUUCAAGGCGUGCUUCAAGAAGUUCUGCUUCCCCACCGCCUUCAGGACGGAGCUCCAGAUGUCCAACAGGAUGUGCAGCAUCGCCAAGGAUGUGGCUUACGCCUGCAAGAACUCAGAGGGAACUAACAAUCCGGCCUGACUAGGCAUGGAAAUUCCCAUGGUGGCUGUCGCCCAGCAGAGUCCAACCACCCCCACGUCAGAGCUGACUCAGAUAACAGCUCUUUAGCAGGACCUCCAGAACCGAGAGGAAACGAUGCUGGGGGUUGGGAAAACCGGAAUCUGCAGGAGCAGGUGGAAAAAAGCCCAAUUGAUGCAUUUUUAAUUCCUGUGCUCCCUGCACUAAGGGACGUGUUUGAAAUCAGCCCUUUGAUUGCUGCGAAACCCCGGUGGUUUUGCGGCAUCGUUGAGAAUUGGGGAAUGAAGUGUUUAAACCAGGCAUUGCUCCUGGGACUUACACUUUUGCUGCUGGGAGACAGGCAAAAUACAAACUAUUCCAUUUCUCUCUUCCUCCCUGAGUUAAGAUGCAAACAGCUCAUGUGGCUCACCAGGCACUUCAUUCUUGUAGCGUUGCUCCGAAAUUAGACUUCGCUGAAGCCAAAGUGGGCAGCAGCCAUCAGACAAACCCCAGGAUCAGCUCCAGGAUGAGUCAUCGCCAAAGGAAGGAUGCGGGGAGGGAGAGGAGGGAGCUGAUGGAACAGGGAUUCAAACUGCCCUGUGGCUGGGAGCCUGGGGAGGACAACGCCAGCUCCUGCAGAUGGGGUCUGCAGUAGAACCCACUGCCUCCAGUGCAUUGGUGGUGAGAAGGGGCUGUCAAAACUGGUGAGCGUGGAUCAGAAGAGGAGGAAGACAAGACACAAAAUGAACACAAAUCCUUAUUUACAUGCUGCUAUCACUUUUUAACCCUGUAUUUCCAUUGUAAUAACGGACAGAAUGUUUGUAUAUACGCAUCUCUAGUGCCGUAGGUACAGCUGUAUCGUAGGGUUUCAUCCUGCCAAGCAUGCCUUGGGGUUCUUCCUCAGGGAGAGGAGGAAGGAACAAAGUGGCCUAUAUAUACAUGUAUUUAUGUACAGGGGAUGACCAUUUUGGAGAAGUCUGAAGGGCAACUCCUGCAGAAGAUACAGACAUUUCUGAUCGGAGGGGCAGCCUAAACCCAUCCCGUGUGCUCCACACGAGAUAAGUGAUGCCCGAACUAAACAAAAGGUGGGGGUUUAUUGGUUCUUAUUUAUUUGAUAGAAUGAGAUCCAGGAUGCUGAGAGGACAUGGGAGAAGCUGCUGAGGCACCACCCUCCUGCCAACCACAGAUUGAUUUUUCCUCUCCCAGUUGGCCAGAGCUUCGUGGAAAAUGAAAUGCUCCAUCAUUUCAUUUGAUAAUGGAAGCAUUCCCACUGGGUGCCCGCCGUGCUGGUGGGGACAGCAGACCUGUGUUCUCCCUGUAGCACAUCACCCCAGGGCAACCUGGGCAGUGAUGCUGCUGGGGAAGCAAAGCAAUGAUCUCCAUUUGGGGAUAGGAGGUCAACUCCAACGCGAGAACCGGCAGCGUCGACCGGGUUGUACAGAUUUCAUGUGAAUCUAUUUAUUGUGCUCUGGUCUAUGAGAUCCUGUAUUUUUAAUGUAUUGGUUUGCCAAUAUUUUAAUGCUGUCAUGUUGUUUAUAUAUGCUGUACAAAAGAAUCUGAUGUUCUAUUUCUAUGUAGGGUGUCUCCCUUAAUGGCUGGGCUUAAAAUAUAGAUGCAAUUCCAGUGUCUUGCGUGUAGGACCCAGAUCCCUUGUAAACAGCUGGAGCUGGGAGGAAUUUGAUGCUGAAUCUUGAGGGAUCCCAGAGCAAACUUUGCAGUUAGCACUUGGCUUGAUUAAUAUAGGAGGAGGAAGGAAAGCUGGGCACUUGAAGCACUUUGCAAUGGAUGUUUAUCCCCCAGGAAAUCUCACACAACCCUCAAGCAUGCGAAGAACAACUCACUGGGCUUUGCUUGCAGUGCCAUUAGGGAGCAGGAGAGUGUUUGUCAGUGGCUGGGUAAGGAGCAGCCACCCUCCCUUUGUGGUUCUUGGGUUUUUAAAUAGAUUUAUGUCCUAUGGAAAGAAAAUAUCUCUAUAUACCAGUGCUUGGCAUUUUUUUUACUCCAGAUUUUGUUAUAAUGACGAUGCUGCAGCGAUCUCACAUAAGCAAGUACUCAAUAAAUGUGCAUUUACUGAGCUUUUGGGUAAUUCCGUGGCCCUUGCAGUGGAUGUGUGUAGGCAUUCUGUUUCAAUGCUCAGUGGAGUUUGUUAUAUGAAGAGCAAGAAAAACCUGAAAGCAAAAGCUUUAUUGUACUGUGCCUCUGGAGUUAAAGGCUUGCGAUGGGCUGAAGCGCAGGCUCUUUAAUUCUCUUCUGCCCUGGUUGUGUUGGUAUGAUUUCCCAGUUACCGCGGUGUCAAUGACAAUUUCCUAGGUGGCUACCUGUGUGCUUUAAUAAAGGAGAAUAAAACCUC